AUGUAUUUGGAUCCAAACUCUGCUGCAAAUUUUCAAUACAACACGUACAAUGAUCCACACAAUACGUUUCAUCCAAAAGCUCAAGGACCAGUGUUUCGAAUAGCAAGAAAAUAUCGCAGCGCACCCCCAUACUCUGUGCCAACAAGAAUGGAACGUGUUGCAAAUCUCAAAAAUCGAGUCAGAGACGAAGGAGGGAGAAGCAAUGUAGAUAGGGAACUCUUUCCAAAAUUGAAAAUGUUUAAGCCUGACGUGAGAAAUGUAAAGAAGGAACCAAUUGUGAAAAGGGAGGAAAACGACUCUAAGAGGGACAUUAAACCAAUUGUGAAAAAGGAAGAAACGGAUGUUAAACCUAACCCCUUGGCAACUGCAGGGAGACGCACCAUAAAAAAGGAAGAGCCGGAUACCAAACCAAGCGUCAAGCCUAAAGUAACUACACUGAAACGUUCAAUCAAAAUGGAAGAAGACUCUAGUGUUUCUCCUUUACACAAGAGAGAAAAGUCUGUCAAAACUGAGGAAAUUGACAAAAAAUUGAACAAAAAGAAGAAACGCGGAAAGAAGGAAAAACUAGCAAAGGCAGAGAAAAAGAAGAAGAGAAAAGCUAUCAAAAGGGAUCAGCAGAAGGUAUUUUCACAAGAAGAGCUUCCAAAUCCUGAAAAGUUGCCGCCUCGAAUGUUAACAAAGCGAAAAUGGUCCAAUUCUGACGACGACUUUGACGUGGUACCUAGAAAACGGAGGACAAUUCGCGGCUCUGGUGUCUCGGCACCCGCUGGUUCACGCAUUUACUGUAGGCUUUGGAAACUAUAA